UUUUGCUUGGUUUAAGGCUUAGCACUCAAGACUGGAAUAGUGUGGACUGUAGAGUUUAACUUAUGUAUCGUGUUCGAGUUUAACUUAACACCAAUCUGUAAAGCUUAAUCUGUAACAUAUAUAUUACAUUCGAAGUAGUGUAACAUAAUUAAAUAUUUCGAAUUUUUACAUAACAAGAAAAGGUGUUCGUAAUUUUUAUUUAGUACUAUUAAUAAUAAGUUGCUUAGGUUAAUUAAGCAUUUUUCAAAGUCUGUUAUUAGUUACGUUGGGAACUAGUAUUACUAUUAGUACACUUUCAUUUUCAAAUUUCAGUAUUUGGUGUUUGUGCAGUACGCAUCGUGCUAAGACACGCUUGGUAAAAUUAGAUAAGUCAUGGUCAUGGAAACUCCAAGUCCUCAAUGUGUUGGUCGUGAGUUUGUCAGACAGUACUAUACUGUUCUAAAUAUGGCUCCCAUUUACUUACACAGAUUUUAUAGCCACAACUCUUCAUUUGUUCAUGGAGCAUUGGAUAACCCUGGCCAGGAAUCAAAGCCUGUAGUAGGACAACAGGCCAUUCACCAGAAGAUAAUGCAGUUGAAGUUUGGAGAUUGUCGUGCAAAAAUUCUUCAAGUAGACAGCCAUGAAACUUUGGGAGAUGGAGUUGUUGUUCAGGUCACAGGAAAACUGUCUAACAAUGGACAAGAUAUGAGACCAUUUGUCCAGACCUUUGUUUUAGCCCCACAAUCUCCAAAGAAAUACUAUGUAAGAAAUGAUAUAUUUCGUUAUCAAGAUUACUUGUAUGAUGAAGAUGAGGAAACAGAUGAUCAAGUAGUGGAUGUUGAUAGAGAAGUUGAAGAACCAGAGAUGUCUAGCACUCCACCACUGAAAGCUGUUGAUCCAGCUGGAGGAGAUUUUGAACCAGAUAUAAUCAGCCCUCCAAACGGCAUAAGCCAUGACAUGGAAUCUUGUCCUACUGCAAGAUCCAUUUCCCCUGCCGUACCACAAGAAGUCGAAUGCCCAUUAGAAAGUGAAGUAGACACUGAAAUUGAAGUUGAACCCCAGAAAUCUGAGUGGGAUAUGCCUGAUGAAUCAUUUACUUCAGAGGAGAAGAUAUCACACGAUUUAUCAGAACCUGAUGAAAGUGCUGGUGCACUACAACCUGAACCGAAGACAUACGCCAAUAUGGUAAGUAAGAAUGCGCCAGGGGCUGGAGGAAUUUGUGGAACUGUCUCAGCUGGAGCAACGAUACUUGGACCUGUGGAUAAUGCAUUAGAUUCUCAGCCAAAACCAGAUGUCCCUGUAUUUACCAAAGUUCACCCAAGUGGUGGUGUGACAAGUAAUUCAAGUCCUUCACUUGGAUCAAGUGGGAGUCCAAAUACAGUUGGUGAAUCAUUUCAAGGCCAGCGGAUGCCUCGUGCUUCUCGAAACUUGUUUCAAGGAAUGAACCGUGGCGAUGUUCGAGAGACCACCCCCAACUCAGUGAGUGGAAGAACUAGUGGAACACCUGAGGCAGAAGGAAGGAAAAUGGGUAUGCUACCUUACCCAGAUUGUCAACAGCUUUUUGUUGGAAACUUGCCCCAUACAAUCAGUGAAGAAGAACUCAAAGAUUUCUUCAGCAAGUAUGGCCGAGUUUUGGAGAUGCGUAUAAACACCAAGCCUCCUCAGAAAAUGAAUGGUGGUACUAAAGUACCAAAUUUUGGUUUUAUUGUAAUGGACGAUCCUGCUGAUGUUACAAAAAUAUUACAGAUGAAGCCUAUAUACUUCAACAAUCACCGACUGAAUGUGGAAGAAAAGAAAACAAAGCCAAGAGAACAGCGUCCAGGUGGUGGGGGAGAUGGUAGACUUGGUGGAGGGAAAGGAGGGAUGAUGGGUCGAAGUCGAUUUGGAGGCAGAGGAAUGGGACGUGGAGACAGGGGUGGAGGACGAGGAAAUUAUUUUCCUCGACGCUAAUCGGUGUUUUGAGAUGUGAAAGAAGACUAUAACAGUAAAUGUUGAUCAGCUGUGGUCGACUGGUACCCUAUUUAUUGUAAAUCUAGGGAAACCAUGUAUACAAAGAACAGGGACUACUUUAAUUUCAUUUUUUGUUUGAGUUGGCCCUUUCCAGUCCCCAAGUCCUCAGUCAGAACAACUUUCAUUGUGAAAAUGGAUAGAUAACAAAGUGACUGCAUAUUGUGAGGUUUACAUAAAAGCUAGUUAUGUCAUUACUUAACAUCAUGGCUUUGUAGUGACAUUGCCUUCUUAAAAAAUUAAUUCAAAACUUCAUUAUUGCCCAAACUAAUUCUGUUCACAGUGAUUUACAUAAUUGAUGUACUACAUCCCACUAUAAGAUAGUGAUUUGUUUGUACUGAGUAAAGAAAACAAGACUAAUCUUUCAGAU